GACGACGACGAUGACGAAGCCCUUGUCUUGAGCAACUUGCCUGCCCAUGCCUGCAGCUACUGCGGCAUCCAUGACCCUGCUAGCGUCGUCAAGUGCUUGGACACCAACCGCUGGUUCUGUAAUUCGCGUGGCAAUACGUCUGGCAGCCACAUUGUCAACCACCUGGUUCGGGCGCGAAGCCACGCUGUCAUGCUCCACAAGGAUGGCCCGCUGGGCGAGACCGUUUUGGAGUGCUACAACUGCGGGUCUCGUAAUGUCUUUUCGCUUGGCUUCAUCCCUGCCAAGGCGGAUUCGGUCGUCGUGCUGCUAUGCCGCCAACCAUGCGCCUCCUCAUCAGCCGCCAAGGAUAGCAACUGGGACGUCGCUCAAUGGCAACCCAUUAUCAGCGACCGCUGCUUCCUGCCCUGGUUGGUCAAGGUUCCAUCCCACAAUGACCAGAUGCGUGCUCGUCAAAUCACAGCUGAACAGAUCCAGAAGCUCGAAGAUUUGUGGCGUGACAAUCCCGACGCCACGCUGGACGAUUUGGAGAAGCCAGGCGUUGAUGAGGAGGUCCAAGAGGUCCUACUGCAGUACGAAGAUGCCUACCACUACCAAAACAUUUUUGGCCCCCUUGUCAAGCUUGAAGCUGAAUAUGAUCGACGCAUGAAAGAGAGCCAGACCUGCGAUGGCAUUGCUGUACGCUGGGAUAUGGGCUUGAAUAAAAAGCAUACGGCCUUUUUCACGCUGCCAAGCCUGAGGGUUUCUCAUUUUAGACAAGAUCUGAAGGUGAUGGUUGGUGACGAGCUGCGUUUGAAAUACGCAGGCGAGCUCAGUCGCCCGUGGCAAGGCGAGGGCCGCGUCACCAAGAUUGCCGACAAUCAUAGCGAAGAGUAUGCGUUGGAACUUCGCAACAAGGAUGUGCCCACACAGUGCACCCAGAACUUUAUGGUCGAGUUCAUUUGGAAGUCCAUCACCUUUGAUCGCAUGCAAAAUGCCAUGAAAACCUUUGCUGUCGAUGAGCGAUCCGUCUCCGCCCACAUCUACCACCAGUUGCUUGGUCACCAGAUUGAGCCGGCUUUGAUCAAAGUCACCAUGCCCAAGCGUUUCUCCGUCAAAGGCCUUCCCGAACUCAAUCACUCGCAGAUUGAGGCCAUUCGCGCCGUGCUUCAGCGCCCCCUAAGCCUCAUCCAGGGCCCACCAGGUACCGGUAAAACAGUGACGUCCGCCUCUUUGGUUUACCACUUGGUGCAGCAAAAGCACGGCAAGGUUUUGGUCUGCGCCCCAAGCAACAUCGCCGUCGAUCAGCUCACCGAAAAGAUUCACCGCACUGGCGUCAAAGUGCUGCGUGUGUGUGCCAAAUCACGAGAGGAGGCCGAUACACGCGUGUCGUUCCUGUCACUCCACAACCAGGUGCGGACAAUGAAGGGACACCCCGAGUAUCAAAAGCUGCUCAAACUCAAGGACGCCGUUGGAGAGCUCUCGGAGGCAGAUGAAAAGCGCUUCCGAACUCUGCAGCGCAUCAUCGAACAAGAGCUGCUUCGCUCCGCUGACGUCAUCUGCUGCACGUGUGCUGCAGCCGGCGACCGGCGUGUCUCUGGCCAGACCUUUCGUACUGUCCUCAUUGACGAAGCCACUCAAUCCACUGAGCCUGAGUGCAUGUUGCCUUUGGUUCUCGGCACGCGGCAGUGCGUGAUGGUUGGUGAUCACUGCCAGCUUGGCCCCGUGGUCAUGUGCAAGAAAGCUGCAUCGGCGGGUCUUUCCCAAUCGCUGUUUGAGCGCUGCGUUCUCCUGGGCAUUCGCCCCGUCCGUCUGCAAGUGCAGUACCGUAUGCACCCAUGCCUCAGCGAGUUUCCUUCCAAUACAUUCUAUGAAGGCAGCCUGCAGAAUGGCGUCACUGCAAGCGAGCGGCUGAUGCCGGCUGUCGAUUUUCCCUGGCCUGUGCCCGAGACGCCCAUGAUGUUCUACGCUAGCAUGGGUCAAGAGGAGAUCUCAGCUUCGGGCACCUCCUAUCUCAACCGCACCGAGGCUGCCAAUGUCGAGAAGAUGGUCACGCGUUUCCUCAAGUCUGGCGUUACCCCUGAACAAAUCGGCAUUGUCACCCCAUAUGAGGGCCAACGCGCUUACAUUGUCCAGUACAUGAGCUUCAAUGGCACGCUGCGUCAGCCCCUCUACGAGGCUGUGGAGGUUGCAUCGGUUGACGCUUUCCAAGGCCGAGAAAAGGACUACAUCAUUCUGUCUUGCACGCGUUCCAAUGAGCACCAAGGCAUUGGCUUUUUGAAUGACCCCCGGCGUCUGAAUGUUGCCCUUACGCGUGCCAAGUACGGUAUCAUCAUUGUGGGCAACCCCAAGGUGCUCUCCAAGCAAGCCCUUUGGAACAACUUGCUGGUCCACUACAAGGAAAACGGCUGCUUGGUCGAAGGCCCGCUCUCCAACCUCAAGCCGUGCAUGAUGCAGUUCUCCCGACCCCGCCCGCUCAACUACACGGUACGAAAUGUAGGGCCGUUGGCCUUGGCUACACCUCGAGUCUCAGUUAAACCUCGCCAAACCCCUGCUUCACCAUUAACUUAUCAUUCAUGGCCGCGGCCAUCC